AUGAAUAUUUUUAAAAGAGAAAUAUUAAAAAAUAUUACACCAAGAUAUAUUGUCAUAUCAGGCCCUACAAGUGUUAGAAAAACAAAAAAUUUAAAAGAUGAUUUUAUUAUUGUUGAUCAUGAAGUAUUUGAUGGUGACAUUUAUAAAGAAAUAUAUGAAUUUGAUAAAAAUAUUAUUAAAAAUGAACAUGUUGAAUUUAAUAAUUUAAUGAUGGUUUUUUUUAUUUUAUGUAAUAAAGAAAAUCUUGAAAGGAAUUAUUAUAAUAGAAAAGAAAAUGAACGAAAACAUUCAUUAGUUGAUUGUAAAAAUAUUCUUAAAGAUUUAAAUCAAAUAAUCAAUGAUAUUGUUUUAAAAUAUCAAAAUAUAUUUAAUAUUAAUAAAAAACCUGAUCCAAAAAUUAUUAUUAUUACUGGUCCUAUUGAAGCUGGAAAAACUAAAUUAUCAAAUUUUUUAGCUGAAUAUUUACAAGAUAAUGGAAAAAAGGUUAAUCCAAAUGAUCAAGAAAUAGUUUUUUGGUUUCAAAAUAUACUUAUUGGAGAAUAUAAAAAUUAUUAUAAUAAUUGUAAAUUUGAAGAUUAUAAUUAUGUGAUUCUUGAUCAUUCACAUAUUGAUACAAAUUAUUUUACAUUUGCUGGUAUUACAGACAAUAAUUAUAAAAAAGAAUGUUUGCCUUAUUUGGAAAAAAAAUUGAACGAAAUUAAUUUAAAAUAUAAUCAACAAAUUAUUAAUAUUUUUGUUAGAAAAAAAACUUCUAUAAAAAGAAUUUUAGAAUGUGGUCAUGAAUUUGAAAAAGAUAUUAAUUAUUUUAAUUUUAUUUAUGAUUCUAACAAUAAAUAUACUGAUAUAGUUUAUUCUAUUCAUUUUUCUUUUGAUAAUGAUAAAGAUUUAAAGACUAAUAAAUUAAAAAAAAAUGCUUAUUUAAGAUUAGAUGAUAAAGAUCAGGAAUUAUUUUUAAAUUUAUUAGAUCUUUAUAGUAAACAUCUUAGUAAUGUUUAUAAUGAAAAUAUUCCUGAAGAAGGAUCUAAUGAAUAUAAUUUGAAAAAAGAUUUUUAUGAUAAUAUAAAAAAGAAAUGUUGCAAUAGAAAUGAUAUUAAAAAUUUUGAAAAAGCAAGAGAAGAAUAUAAAGAAAAACAAAAAUUUGUUAAAAUAGAAAUAGAAAAUCAAGAUAUAAAGAAAGAAUUACUUGAUCAAAAAGCAGAAAAAGAAAGUUUAAACAGAAGAAUUGAAGAACAAGAUGCACUCAUUAAAAGAAUAUUGAAACGAUUAGUACCUAAAGUAUGUGGUCAUAAAUUUGAAAGAAUGUUAGCUAAUUUUUUAAAUAAUAUUGGAGGUACUGUAUCUAUUAGAGAAGUACCUGAUGGUGGAAUUGAUAUGAAUGGUAAAUUUUUUAAUGUGCGUUAUGAAAUGCAAGCAAAAUAUCAUAUUGAUCCAAAAAAACAUCCUGUUGAUGUUGGAGAUAUUCGUAAAUUUCAUGGUUCUUUUCAAAGAGCUCAUAGAAAUAAUACUGAAUAUGUUGGAAUUUUUGUAACAAAUAGUAGAUAUACAAGUAAAGCUAUAAGUGAAGAAGCUCAAACUUAUAAUAAAAUUUAUUUAUAUACACAUAAAGAUUUAUAUGAUUUAUUGGUUGAAUUAAAUGAUAAAAUUAUUAAAAAUAUUAAUAAUAAUGGUAUUAUAACAUUUGAAAAUAUUGAUAUUACUAAUUUUUCAUUAAAUUAUUCUGAGUUUAGAAUUAGUUGUGAUCAU